AUGUCGUUCCCAGUGACUUUGGGUCCCAUCUUGUCACUGCCCUCGAGUCCGGGCAUGGAAAAAGGAGUAAGAAUUGACACGAGGAAGACCAUGAUCGCUCUAUCGUCAACGAAUAAACUUGCACCGAUAAAAACUUUAGGGCAUCAGCUGACAAAUCACUAUAAACCGCAUCCCAAGCCUACAACUCAACAGAAUAACGACGAUCCGUACCGCGUGGAGCGAAUGGACCUUGUCGCAAUAUCCGCUUGUGCCGUCCUUUGCGCGGUAUUCUACGCGGUAUUUGACGCGGUUGCGAAGCUCGUGAAUAAGCUCGCAAUCAGAGAUGACGCCUCCAAAUUCGAGGGACCGCCAAGAUUACCCUUGAUUGGAAGUGCCCAUCUAUUCAUGGGAGGUGGCGAAGCCAUUCUGAACAGGUGUAGAGAAUUUAAUAAGUUGUAUUCCAAGCCGUAUCGAGUGGUUUUAGGCAACCAUAUAUUGUUCGUGACGAGCAAUCCCGAGCAAAUAAAGGUGAUAUUACAUAGUCCGACGACUUUAGAGAAAGGCGAUGUAAUGGUCGACUUCACUCGGCCGCUGUUGGGUUCAGGAUUACUCAUUAGUCCCGCGUCGAUAUGGCGAGUCCGCCGGAAACUGAUUCAGCCAACGUUCAGUUUCACGAUUCUCAAAUCUUUUCUUAAAAUAUUCGCCGCCAAGGCAGUGAUAUUGGUCAAACGAAUAGAGGAUCACGUUGAUGGACCAGAAUUCGAAGUGCAGAAGUACUUCUUGCUGUGCACGCUGGACACUAUCUGUGUGACAGCGAUGGGUGUGGACUUGGAAGCGCAGACGAAAGGAGAUUGUCGAUACGCAGACGCGGCACGAUCGGUUAUCGCUAGUACAUGCACAAGAAUUUUUUCUCCAUGGUUGCACCCGGAUUUCAUUUUUAACCGUUCGAAACUUGGAAAAACACAACGACAGAGCAUUGAGUUUUUGCAUGACUUCGCGAAUAACGUUAUCACAGAGAAGAGGAAAACACGGCUACAUGAGCGUACUUCUCGAACAGGAUUAGUUAACGACGAAUACGAUGACUGUGAUACGACGGCGCGUCGUGAAGCUUUUUUGGAUCAUCUCAUGAAACUAUCGGACAGUAACGGAAAGCUGACGGACCAAGCGAUUCGCGAAGAAGUCGAUACCUUCAUCAUAGCUGGAAGUGACACAACGGCAAUUGCGAUGUCGUUUUUGAUGUUGAUGCUGGCAUCUCACCAAAAUAUACAGGAGAAAGUGUAUGAGGAACUAUGCGAAAUUUACGGGGACGAAGAUGGUGGAGAGCUAAGCAUCACUGCGGAAAACUUGUCACGCAUGGUGUACUUGGAACGAGUGAUAAAAGAAACUCUCCGUCUGUUUCCAGUCGCACCCUUUAUCGUUCGAAAAGUGACGGAGGAUUUGAAUCUAGGUGAGCGCACUUUGCCGAAAGGAAGCACAGUUGCUCUGAACAUUCUGGAAACUCAUCGAAGCGAGGAAAACUGGCUCGACCCACUCAAGUUUGAUCCGGAUAGAUUUUUGCCUGAAAAUUUCGCAAAACAACACCCAUAUUCGUUUAUUCCAUUCUCCGGCGGUUCACGAAAUUGCAUAGGCCAUAAAUACGCAAUGCUGCUGAUGAAGACGCUCACAGCAACAAUUCUCCGAAGAUAUGUUUUGACCAAGGAUAACGUUGAACCGAUAGUAAAUAUUCGAAUCAAAAUGGAAUUCGAGCUGCAACCUGUGGUGCCAAUCACCGUUGGGAUCAAGAGGCGGAUUCGAAGAACCACAUUCACCCAGAAUGUCGCUUACGCCGUAGUCUGCGCAAUAUUCUAUUGCGUGGCGGAGCUAGUGAAUAAAUUCAGAAGCCUGGACGAUACCUCCAAAUUCGAGGGACCGAUGAGCUUGCCCAUUAUUGGAAGCGGCCAUCUAUUUAUCGGAGACGGAGAAGCCAUUCUGAAGAAGCUGCAAGAAUUUGGAAGAUUAUAUUCCAAGCCGUAUCGAUUGGUUAUGGGCAGCUACGCAUACUUCGUGACGAGCAAUCCUGACCAAAUAAAGGUCUUAGUCCAUAGUUCGAAGAGUAUCGAGAAGGCUGACAAGUUUGUGGAUUUUUUCCGACCGUGGUUGGGUUCAGGAUUACUCACUGGUCCCGCAUCGAAAUGGCGAGUUCACCGAAAACUCAUUCAGCCAACAUUCAGUUCAAAGAUUCUAAAGUCUUUCCUCGAAGUAUUCGCCACCAAGGCAGUGAUACUGGUCAAACAAAUAGAAAAUCACGUUGAUGGACCAGAAUUCAAAGUGCAGAAGUACUUCUUGCUGUGCACGCUGGACACAAUCUGUGGGACAGCCAUGGGUGUGGACUUUGAAGCGCAGGCGAAAGGAGAUUGUCGAUACGCAGAAGCAGUACGAUCGGUUAUGGGUGCUAUUUGUGCAAGAGGGUUCCAGCCAUGGUUACACCCGGAUUUUAUUUUUUAUCGGACUAAACUUGGGAAACACCAGCAAGAAAAUAUCAAGGUUUUGCAUGACAUUGCCAAAAACGUAAUACAGGUGAAAAAGAAGGAAAUCCUUGAACGCCCUUCCAUGCCAGGAUCAGUAGACGAUGAAUACGACAACUAUUCAACAGGUGAUACGACGGCCCACCGUGAGAUAUUUUUAGACCGUCUCGUAAAACUAUCCAGAAGCAACGAAACGCUGACAGACCAAGCGAUCCGCGAAGAAGUCGAUACAUUUAUUCUGGGUGGAAGUAACACAACGCCAAUUGCGAUGUCGUUUUUGAUGUUGAUGCUGGCUUCUCACCAAAAUAUACAGGAUAAGGUGUACGAGGAAUUAUACGAGAUUUAUGGGGACGAAGAUGGUGGAGAGCUAAGCAUCACCGCGGAAAAUUUGUCACGCAUGGUGUACUUGGAACGAGUGAUAAAAGAAACUCUCCGACUGUUUCCAGUCUUUCCGAUUAUCUUACGAAAGGUUACGGAGGAUUUGAAUUUAGGUGAGCGCACUUUGCCAAAAGGAAGCGCAGCUAUUAUCGACAUUAUGGGAGCGCACAGAAGCGAGGAGAACUGGCUUGAUCCACUCAAGUUUGAUCCCGACAGAUUCUCACCGGAAAAAUUCGCAGAGCAACAUCCAUAUUCGUUUAUUCCUUUUUCCGGUGGACCACGAAAUUGUAUAGGCUUCAAAUACGCCAUGCUGUUCAUGAAGACGCUCGCGGCAACACUUCUUCGGAAGUACACUUUCACCAAGAAUAAAAUUGUACCGGUGGAGAAUGUCCGAAUCAAACUGGAAAGUGAAUUGCAGCCCGCAGAGCCCAUCACCGUAGGGAUCAAGAGACGGAUACAAAAAACUGAUCUUAUCUCGGACACUUCCAUUUCCCCAUAAUAAAUACUAAUCAUGCCAUCUCCUUUUAUUACUGGUGAUUAAAAUUGCGACCUGGAAUUAACGUGGUUUGGUAGAUAAUAAAUUUUUAGAUCUUAUCAUAGAUGGUGUAUUCGAGCGUAUGAUACAGUUUUAGUUUCAUUUCACCUCGUCCAGAAUCUGCAUCACCACAGAGUUCAGAAUACCUAAUUCUAAAAUCACUCAAAUUCUAGUACAUAUUGACAUUUUCGGAUUUUUCGAAUUUAAAAAGUUUUGUGCCUAAUCUAUGGUCUGAAAAUAUUUAUACAAAUCCUGCGGAAGACGAUCACGGAAAUCCAGUGAUUUAAUAAGGAAGUAAUAACACUGGGUGUAUUCAAGGGACACGCCAUAAAGAAUUUCUUUUUACGUGAUAUCGUUUCCAUGAUUGUAAUAUACCUC